UCACCCAGUAGCAGGGUGCAACUUGGUGCCGGACGGAGCGCCCUUUUGCAAAGUACACACAUUCGCGCAACAACGCCAGAAACAAUGGUGUAGGCGCCCUCUUAUAUAUACUCCACGAACAGAGCAGAGAGUGACAGGCACGCUCACAAGGAUAGCGCAGGAAUCAAUCCAGUCGAAUAGCUUGAAAGCAUCCAUCGAGCGAGCUGGGUGGUCAUCAGUCGAUCGCAAAUAGCUCGAAGCAUCGAUCAAUCGGCCGCAGGGCGAACUCUGAUCGGUCGAGCAUCGCCACGAAUUAGCUUCAUCAACUAUGGGUCGUCCUGAUUCGGAGGCACCGGCACCGUCGAGCGUCGGCACGGCUGGGCUGGGCUUCGACGACCACGGCGGAGGCCCCGCGGCGGGAGGCGGCUCGGCGUUCGACACCAACGUGGUGAUCAUCCUCGCGGCGCUCUUCUUCGCGCUGCUCUUCGCCAUCGGGCUCAACUCCCUGGCCCGGUGCGCGCUCCGGUACGGCAGCCGGGGGGCAGCCGCGGCGGCAGCGGCUACCGGCGCGGGCGGCGCGUCCGCGCGGCGCGGAAGCGGCAGCGGCGGCAUCAAGAGGCGCGCGCUGAGGAGCCUCCCCGUGGAGGUGUACGGCGCGGGCGGCGGGGAGGACAUCGACGACGUGUGCGCCAUCUGCCUCGGCGAGUUCGUGGACGGCGAGAAGGUGCGCGUGCUGCCGCGCUGCGGCCACGGGUUCCACGUCCGGUGCGUCGACGCCUGGCUCGUGUCCCACGGCUCGUGCCCCACGUGCCGGCGGCCGGUCAUCGAGGGCGCGCCCGCGAAGGGCGGCGGCGGACGGAGCCAGCGUCCCGCGGAGACCGACACGAUCGCCGUGGUCAUCGUGUGAGCUGGUCGAUCGAGCAGCCGAGAUUUUUCCAACGCCUUUGCCGGUGCUACAGCAUCACAAGGUACCAGCAGCACAGUUCCGCGCGCGCAAGCUCAUGUCGAUUUUUCCGGCGAUGGCUUGCCAUGCAUGAUUGUCAGUUCGUCAGGCGCUCCACUUGCCGCGCGCGUCAAAUGUAUGAUCGCUCACACUGUAAGGAUUCGACGCCGCAAAACAUAGUACUGACAUACUGUGAGCAACAAGCUUUGCUGAAUUUUCGUCGCCGGCGCGCGGCGGCUUGCAUGCCCGGGGUCGCGGAUGUCGGCCGGUUGCCUGGUGCUUGGGCAUGGCACCUCGACACGUGGGCGCCUACACCGAUCCACAAGCGAGCCAACCACCAGGGCGACGUGCGCGUGCCUUCGCCCGCACGCGACGGCGAUCGCGUCGGCGGUUGAACCGCCGAGAUCACCCCGACGCGCCAACGCCCCACGAUCGCCACGUCUAGCUGCACGGGCGGACGGCAGCUCCGUCGCCGUCGCCCGGUGCGCACCCGAAUCACGCAUCCUCUCAUCCUCAUUGUAUCCAGGUAGCUGCCCUCGCACCGUGAGUGUGGCCGAUGACGACGAUGGGUAGAGGACGACUGACGGUUCAGUUCAACCACUUGGAUGGAACUGAAUAAGUUCCCCGUCAGUUUCGUCCGGCUCUGCUUUCAUUUGCCGACUAUCUCAGGAGCUCAAGUUUCGCCACGACCAUCUUCCAGGGGAAAAGAUCGCCAUGGACUGCUGCAUGACUUUCUCAUGUUGGUGCAGCAACCGGCAAAGGCAAAGACGAGUUCCUGUUCCACAUGGCACCAAAGCACCUACACACGUGACUCUUUACCUAUCCAAUCAUGACUUAUACAUUGUGUUCACUAGUAGAAAAAUGGACCGGUCGGUAAAUGCUUUUAACAGUUACGCAAUCGGAACUGUUCAAUCGGGACUAAAGGCCCCUUCUAUUCUCAGUUGUGUUGCAAACUGGGAUUAAAAUGUCUUCACGUGGC